UACUUUUCUAUCUGCAGCAACUUCAAGGAAGUACAGAUUACUAUGCAACGAUGUUUAUGCGAGAUGUUGUGUAUUGUUUGAAAGAGAAUGAAUAAUUCACCUCAAGAAAGGAGACAAAUGCUUUGGAUAUGUCGCAUUUGUCGAACAGAUAUUAAUGAUUUACAUCCAAAUGUUUUUCAAGUAAUGAACGUAGAUGACUUAGGUAAUUUAAUCACACCUGGACGUUUAGAAGUCACAGAAACUGACAUAGUACUUCACCAACGUGGUAAACAGCCUAUUAAGUGGCCAUUACGAUGUUUAAGGCGAUAUGGUUAUGAUGCUGAGAUUUUUAGUUUUGAAUCAGGAAGAAGAUGCUCUACAGGACCAGGCAUUUAUGCUUUUAAAUGUCGUAGAGCUGCACAUUUAUUUAAUCUUGUACAAACAAAUAUUCAGGUUUGUAAUAAUAGCGGAGAUGAUACAAUAUCUAGAGAACUUCCAGUUGCUCCUCAUUCUGGUCCAACAGUAACAAGAGUGACAAUACCAGUUGAGCCUAAUUAUUUGGAUCCCAUAUCAAAUAGAACUAAUAAUCACGUGGGUCCCAGAUUUGCAUAUAAUCAACAAAAUGGAGUUGGAAGGCUAGAUAGUGUGGGAAGCAGCACUGGUCUUAUACCAUCGCAAGGAAAUACGAGUUCUCCUACAUCACCACCAGUGCUACCACCACCACCACCACCAUUUCCUCAACCACAUCCGUCCUCAGUUUAUAUGAAUGAAGAAGUGUUGUCUUCUCUAUCAUUAGAAAUGGAACAUAAUAAUAACAAAAGCCUUAGACGCAUAAUACAAAGAUCUUGUACAGUCAGUAAUUCUAUGUCCGAUAAUGGUUCGGCAUCGCUAGAAGUAACGUCUGUACACAAGAGUUCAGAAGUCAUUUCUCAAAUUAAAUCACCACUUUCAAUAGCAACUUACAUGAAUGUAGAUAUUAAUACUAAUAUCAAUCCACUUUCUCCAAGUCACAGUGUUUCUGAAACAAUGCAACUUAAAGAGGACAAAAAUGAAAUCAGUGAAUCUGGACAUGCUUACAUAAAUAUAAGUUCCGGUCAAGAAUAUCCAGAAUCUUUUGGUGCUAAAUCACGACCUUCACCAUUGUCAUCUAUUCAAUCUGAUGUAGAAGAAACAGCAAGACAUUGUUAUGCCAAUUUAGAGCCAAAUGAAAUUGAAAAUUUAAGAAAAAGAUUUUCUGGAGUAUCUACAGCAGAGAAAUCACCUUUGCCUCCAUCAACACCACCAGGUGGUCUAAUUAGAGAAGUAAAUUAUGCUAUACUAGAUUUGGAUACAAAAGAUGUACCAAUGAACUCACCAUUAGAUGCUCCUUCAAAUUCUACCACAUCUCCUCCAGAAUCUCCAAAUAAAAUACAGAAAAGGUAUGCUACAAUAGAUUUUAAUAAAACAGCCGCUCUUUCUCAUUCAGUCAAUCCAAAUCUUGUGAAUGAUAAUGAGGGUUCAAGAAAAACACGUCAUAAUUCUACAAUUAGUGAUUUAGUAGCCUCUGGUAGACGUAGUUCGUCUAUAAGUGAAUAAUCUCUUUUUUUGUUUCCUGACUGUACUUGCAUAAUGAAUAUUCGUAAAAUUUUAUAAAAAGCACAAACUAAUACGCUUUUCUUUUUUAUUGAAUUCAAAUAUUGAAUAGUGCAAAACCAAAGAAGAAAUAUUAAAUUAGUUUGUAUACUUUUUGUAUACUUGUUUUAUACAAUAUUAAACAAAUGAAAUUUUAGUGCGUAAAAAUAUGACAAUUAAGAAAAUCGCAUUUCCUAAUUUUUUUUACGAUUUAUUAUUCAUUUGAUAGCAUUUAAUUAUAUACGAUGUGCACAAAGGACAUUACAGUAUUUUUAUGAAGUAAGUCUUUUUUCAAAGUGCUAUUGGUAUAUACAAAAGGAAAAAUCUUUUAUAUAAUAUACAAAUAUGUUUAUAAAACAUUGUAUGUAAAAUGAUUUUUUAAAUUGACUAUUGUAGGAAAAUUAGAAGCAAAAAUGCUCUAA